AUGAAAAUUACGGCAAAUGAGCGCAUCAGUAUUGUACCCCAGUCCUCGGAAAGUGUUUUCCAAUUGCGAUUCGACCCAGUCAUCAAAGACGACGGGGGAGAGUACCGUUGUGUGUACAACCACGAAACUGGCGUCAAGUACAAGGUCGUCGUCGUUAACAUUCAAGUUCGACCCAAGGUCAAUAUCGACCCACAAGGAGAGGUGGAGUUGUUGGAGGGACAAAGCGCCUUUCUUGUUUGCAACGCAUCAGGAACGCCUUAUCCGCAGAUUCGUUGGUGGAUGCUACCACUCGCCACCUACCAACGUCGAUAUUCUCUUCGAAGGAGGGGCACCUAUGAAGAGAGCCACGUCACGUUGACGUUUCCCACCACCCCCGUGUACCAUCAGUUUCAUCCACGCUACCAAAGCCCUCCAUUGGUUCAAAGUACUCAACACCUUCUCCUCAUUCCUCUGCAUGAUAUCGCUGCCAAGUACAAACAAAGCAUCUUUGUACGACGUGGACGCUUGAUCAUCAGUUCUGUCAAUCGGGAUUUGGUAGGCUGGUAUUUUUGUGAAGCGUACAAUUCAGUUAGGCCUUCAGCAAUGGCGCACUCACUCCUGACUGUUCACUACCCACCAAGAGUGUUUCUGCCCCAAAGAGAAGUCUUUUUUGCGCCUUUUGGCAAUGUUAGUUUGGUGUGCGAAUUCCAGGCAUUCCCAUUGGCUGAAGUUGAGUGGGCUCUAGAUGGUCGAAAUCUCAACGCCGUGCCCUGCGACAGCCCACAAUAUCGACCAUCCACCUGGUGCACUGAGAAGACAAUUGACGAAGUAAUCUACCAAAAUGGGGAUGAGACCAAUUACGGAUUUGACGAUUCACUCAGCUUGCCUGAUCUUCACAAUUCCAAGGUGGAGGAGGUGUCGUCGAGGUCGCUUGAAAGACAUCGCACCUUCAACUUGACCCAGUCACUUCAUGACUUGACCCUCUAUGGUCGGCGAGUGAAGGCUGUGCUCCAUGUUUGGGUAACGGAGGCAGGACAUUUUGGGAGGUAUAGCUGUCGAAUGCGGACGAGACAUGGUCUUGCGGAGGGUUUUAUUCGACUUCGAAAUAAGGGUAACUCAUUGUCCUUUCUAAGCACACAUUCACGCCUCAUUUAA